AUGGCACCACUGAAGAUCAUUGGAGCAGGCUACGGCCGCACUGGGACGCUGAGUCUCUGUAGGGCUCUUGAUAUACUCGGGUACUCCUGCCAUCAUAUGGAAAAGAUGCUUCUUGAUGAGACCCAAGAUCCAGUGUUAUUCACGGAAGCGUAUAAGUCGAGUUCUGGCGCAGACUGGGAUCACAUCUUCCGCGGAUAUGACGCGGCCGUGGACUGGCCUGCUGCGGCUUUCUGGGAAACUCUACUGAAGAAGUAUCCAGAUGCCAAGGUAAUCCUGACAGUGAGGGAUCCAGAAUCCUGGUAUAACUCUGUUGGAAAGACAAUCCAUGACUGGCCUAUGAAUGACGGGUCUGCAUGGCCAGAGAAAAUGCUGGCUUCACGGAAAAUGGCACGGACGGUUGUUAAGGAAGGAGAGCUAAAGCUCUACUCAGAUAAGACCGCCAUGCUUGAGCAUUAUAAGGAGCAUAUUACCAAUGUGCGUCGGGUGGUCCCAAAGGACCAAUUGCUGGUAUUCGAAUCGCAUCAGGGAUGGGAGCCGUUGUGCAAAUUCCUGGGCAUCGAUCCGCCAUCAAACAUCCCUUACCCCCACCUCAACAGAGGUAGCCUCUUCAGAGAACGGUUACUGCGGGUGAAGGAAAAGAUUGAAGAGAGCAUGCCACGAAAGUCCUCUUACCACGAUCAUCCCUUCCCGCAUGCGGCAGUCUCGGAAAUUGCUGCCUGGGAGGAAGCAUGUCAGCUCCUCUAA